CCAAUAGGAUAGGAGGGGUUUACGGAAAGGUCUGUUUUAUUCGCUCUCACGCCGAUUUUAUUCGUUCAUCGUUGACUAUCAUCUCGAAACGACAGCGCAUGCAUGUAAGUUCACAGCAGAAGUUCAUUUGUAUGCUGGUGGAGAGUCCCAAGAGACAGAAGAACCUUCUGAGCUUGAGCUGUCAGCAGAGAUCAUGAGGAAGAGCCGGAGCGUCUUGGCAGUGACACCUAGUGAUGACAUCAAGGACCUCUCAGGAUGCAUGUCUUCAGGAGCUACGUUGGGUGUGGAUCUCUGGCGAGGCCCCAGACGCCACUCAGGAACCCUUGUGUUGCCGCCGUUGUCAUGGAGACAGGCAGAGAGGGCCCGCAGUCCUCAAGAAGAUCACGUUUCCAGACCCACGUCACUGGGCUUCGUUACCCCACCGCGUAUAGAUAUCACGCCAGUGCCGCCUGAUAGUUUGGAGGUGGAGAAUGGCCCCUCUAUCGGCUGUAGUCCAUUGGACCUGCAGGCAUCACCGGGCUCCGGUUUGGUUCUUCAUCCCAACAUGGCCAGUCACGGUCAGCGGCGCGAGUCUUUCCUUUACCGCUCGGACAGCGACUACGACCUCUCACCCAAAUCCACCUCUCGCAACUCCUCCCUUGUUGGAGAGCAGCUACACGGUGAAGACCUGAUAGUCACUCCAUUUGCUCAGGUGCUUGCAAGUCUUCGCACUGUUAGGAAUAAUUUCAGCAUCCUGACAAAUGUCCAGUGCCCCUCGAGCAAAAGAUCACCAGUCAGCAGUCAACCGCCGGUGACCAAAGCUAACCUGUCAGAUGAAUCCUACCAGAAGCUGGCCGUGGAGACCAUGGAGGAGCUAGACUGGUGCCUGGACCAGCUGGAGACCAUCCAGACGUACCGCUCCGUCAGUGACAUGGCCUCCAACAAGUUCAAGAGGAUGUUGAAUCGGGAACUGACACAUCUGUCCGAGAUGAGUCGCUCUGGAAACCAGGUGUCCGAGUUCAUCUCCAACACAUUCUUAGAUAAACAGAAUGAACUGGAGAUCCCAUCGCCCACUCCUAAAUCGCGGGACAGAAAGAGGAGGCAGCAGCAGCUGAUGACUCAGAUCAGCGGGGUGAGGAAGGUCACGCACGGCCCUGGUCUGUCCAGCAGCUGCAGUACGGCUCGCUUCGGCGUGAAAACAGAUUUGGAGGACUUGCUCUCAAAGGACCUGGAGGACAUCAACAAGUGGGGUCUGAACAUCUUUAAAGUUUCAGAGCACUCUCACCAUCGACCGCUGACCUGCAUCAUGUAUGCCAUCUUUCAGGAGAGAGAUUUAAUGAAGACAUUUAAGAUCCCAGUGGAAACCUUUGUGACGUACAUGAUGACCCUUGAAGAUCACUACCACGCAGACGUUGCCUAUCAUAACAGUCUACACGCAGCUGACGUGGCCCAGUCCACACACAUCCUGCUGUCCACACCUGCACUUGAUGCGGUCUUUACAGACCUGGAGAUCCUGGCCGCUAUCUUUGCAGCAGCCAUCCAUGACGUGGACCACCCAGGGGUCUCAAACCAGUUCCUAAUUAAUACCAACUCCGAGCUGGCGCUCAUGUACAAUGACGAGUCUGUUCUGGAGAACCAUCACCUAGCGGUUGGUUUCAAGCUCUUGCAAGGGGAAAACUGCGAUAUCUUCCAAAACCUCUCCAAGAAGCAGCGACAGAGUCUCAGGAAAAUGGUCAUCGAUAUGGUACUAGCAACAGACAUGUCCAAACACAUGAGCUUACUGGCUGACUUAAAGACAAUGGUCGAGACCAAGAAGGUGACCAGUUCAGGAGUGUUGCUACUGGACAACUAUACAGACAGGAUACAGGUCUUACGAAAUAUGGUUCACUGUGCCGACCUCAGCAAUCCUACCAAGCCAUUAGACCUGUACCGCCAAUGGACGGAUCGAAUUAUGGAAGAGUUUUUCCACCAGGGUGACCGAGAAAGAGAGCGAGGCAUGGAGAUCAGCCCGAUGUGUGACAAACACACCGCUUCAGUGGAGAAGUCUCAGGUUGGUUUCAUUGAUUACAUCGUACAUCCCCUAUGGGAGACCUGGGCGGACCUGGUGCAUCCAGAUGCACAGGAUAUUUUGGACACUUUAGAGGAAAACAGGAACUGGUACCAUAGCAUGAUACCACAGAGUCCCUCCCCGCCCUUCUUCGAAACGGGAACUGACGGUGGAGACAAAUUUCAGUUCGAGUUGGAGGUUGAGGAAGGAGCCAAGCAGGAUACCGAGAACCUGUCAGAAACAGACUGUGUGGAGAUAGUGACGCAUUCGCCUUCAUCCGCCGAGACGUAGCACCUCACUACAAAUGGCUGUCAUGUUGGCCUUUUUGAUGACAAAGCAAAGUGGAGGAACGUUAUUCUCCUGCUACCUGAGAAUCCCUCAGAGGAGCACUGUGUCUUGGGACUUUCAGAGCCCAAAACGGGAGUGAGCGAACAUCCUACGCAAGUUGGAAUUUGCAGGAAUCCAUUUAUGUUUCCAGAAGUGGACAGACGGACGGCCGUACCGAAAGUGCCAUAAGCUGGAUUUUCCUAAUCAGACGUUGCAGUCUGAUCUGAAUGUUGGAGUGGGUUUCUGUGAAGGAGAAAUGCUGACCCUCUUAUAAGAGGGGUUUGUACUACAAGUGACUUUUUUGUAAAAAAGUGACUACUUUUUUGUACUUUGUGCGCUUUGUGACUUUUUUUGGGUGUCACAUCCAACUACACUUUUGAAAACAGACAUGAGAAAUGUUGUCAUGCUGAAAGCAAAAGCAUGUAAUUCCCAGUCGUGUAUUGGGAAUGCAGUCUUCCUGAAUUUUGGACAACGGAAUAAUCUAGUUCUUGUGCCAGCAUACUUUAUUCAAGUAAUACAGAACCUUUGUACUUUCUCUUUUAAAAGGCGUCCUUACAAAGCGAUUCCUCUGGUACGAUUCGUGUCACAUUUUAUGUUGUGUAUUAACAAAAACAGGAUCCAAAGAGUCCAGCAUUUUAGUGGUUUCUCUUAAAGAAAUGCUCUGGGGUGAACAGAAACUGUAUUUAUGGCGACUGUGUUAAUUACCACAGAAAAUAUUUUUUUUUUGUUUUUUUUUGUACUUCCAUUGUAAGAGCCAUUAUAAGUACAGUAAGGAGCUAUUGUAACGAGUACCUUAUUGUAUCUGUGAUGCUGUCAAUUAAGCUGCACUAUUAAACCCAGAUUAUUUCUUUUAACCACUUUAAUAUGGGAAACAAGCAUCCCAACACUCAACAGCGAUAUUAAACUGAUUUAUAACUAAUUGUUUUUUAUAUGCCAUCUAUUUAAAUGACCCCUUCAUGACUGUAAAUGUCAUUGAGAUGUGUGUCAAAGCAACAAAAGAGACUAAAGAUUUGACAUUAAAAAUUGAAACUCUUAAAUCCCUACUCAGUUUUUCUUACGCCUUUCAUUUUUUAGAAUCUAAGCUUUUAAUAUUCAAAGAACAAUGUCAACAGUAAACCUCAAUUACACAAUUGCUGAUGUCAAACAGUGUGGUUCCUCCUGAUGUAUGUUCUUACUGGUCAGGAACGGGAUGUGGUUAACGUGCGUCAUUCUGAUUGAGAUUAGCCUUUCAAUCGACUUAAACAAGUAUCUUUCUUUCCUAACAAAAUGUACACUGUUUGCUUUUGCUUACCCUUUAUGUUAAUGCAUUUUUUUAAUCAACGGAGGACUAUUACUCACCGAAGCUUGACUACGGUUUGCCACAGACAUUAUUAUUCACCCAAAUCGAAUUUAUGGUUACGAUAUGAAGCUGAAACUUCAGCCUUUGUCUUUUUUACUCAUGUUUGUCAUUGUGAAGCCAAUGAUGAACAUGCACACUGUGAUUUCACUGGUGGAAUCACCGUAAUCUCUAUUACUAUUAUAUUUAUUAUUAUUAUAUUAUCAUUUUUAGUUUUAAACCUCUGUUAAAGAUGUGUUGCACAUUUCCUAUUUGUCCAAAAAAAGAGAUUAAAGAGAAAUAAAUGAAAA